AUGGCAACAAUCGGCACGCUAGAACGGGUAUCGGCAGCGACACUUUCAAAGCUCAUUCUAGGGGCCCAGGAAGCAGCUGCAGCCGGCGACCCCACUCUUGCGAUCAUAGAUGUGAGGGAUGAUGACUAUAUAGGCGGACAUAUCAAGGGCUCGCAGAAUGUGCCCUCCCGCACCCUCGAUGCCAUGCUCCCGACCCUAGUGCGGCAGCUGCAAGACAAGGAAACCGUCGUGUUCCACUGUGCCCUUUCGCAGCAACGCGGUCCUGGGGCUGCAUUACGGUACAUGCGGGAGAGAGAGCGUUUUGUGGCGGCGCUGAAAUCGAAAGAAAAGAGCGGCAAAGAUGCAUCUGAGCAAGGUGAUGACCAGACGCCGACUGUGCCGGAUCAAAAGAUACUUGUGUUGGACCGCGGUUUCGUGGGUUGGCAGGAGGCGUACGGGACCGACGAGCGGCUCACUGAGGGGUAUCGGAAGGAGUUGUGGGAGGAAGGGUACUAG